GGGCCCCGAAAGGAGUCUUACAAAAACGCUUUUACUGGUUUUCUCCUCGGGUCGCGCAUGCGCUGCUGCCGGAGCCCUCGAUUUUUUUCUUCCCUGAGGGGGGGCGGGGGUGGAAUGUUGUAGAGCGGCGAGUGGGCGGAGCAGUUGCGGCUGCCUCUCUCUCUUCCCCCCCCCCGCCCCGCCCGCCCGUCCUCCCCAGUUGCUAAUAUGGCGUCUCGGAGAGCUCGCUCCGCCUCAGAGCAUGACAGUGAUGAGGAUUCAUACGAAGUACUGGAUUUAACAGAAUAUGCAAGGCGCCAUCAUUGGUGGAACCGAGUGUUUGGCAGGAAUUCUGGACCUAUUGUAGAAAAGUAUUCCGUAGCUACUCAGAUUGUAAUGGGUGGCGUAUCAGGCUGGUGUGCAGGAUUUUUAUUCCAGAAGGUUGGAAAACUUGCAGCGACUGCAGUAGGCGGCGGCUUUCUCUUGCUACAAAUUGCUAGCCAUAGUGGCUAUGUACAGGUUGACUGGAAAAGGGUUGAAAAAGAUGUAAACAAAGCAAAGAAGCAACUCAAAAAACGAGCAAACAAGGCAGCUCCUGAAAUCAACACAUUGAUUGAGGAGACAACAGAAUUCCUUAAACAGAACAUAGUUGUAUCUGGCGGGUUUGUCGGCGGCUUCUUGUUGGGCCUUGCAUCUUAAGGACAUUUCUCUUCCUGCUGGCUUAACCAUGAUAAUGAAGAAGGGUAGCAACACACAGUUCUUAAGUGAGGCAGUCUGAGUCGCUCUCUAAUCACUCCAGAGCAAGAUGGAUGGAUUUGCCAGACAAAUCUUGAGUAUUUUGCAUUUUAGGCUUUUGCCUCCUUAAGCUUGCUGAAACAGGUUUGCUGAAAAAUCUACAGUGUGUUGCAUAGCAUUCCUGAAGGAACAAGAACUGGCUAACUUUUGUCAUGAUUUUUGUUAUUGUAUCUCCAUGCAGAAUUCAGCAUAUUUAAUAAGCUAUCUUUUGGCUCUACAUCUUUCCCCCCCAAUUUUAGGGAUAUAUUUUUAUUAUUGUUUAAGACAAUCCCAUGCUGUGUUUAAUCAUGCCUAUGACUAAAUGUGUAUAUUGUGCUUCAAGCGCAGAACUAGCCAUCUUCUGUAGAAACCACUGCAAUAAAAAUAAUGUAUACAUCAGUAAUACCUUUUUGCAAAGAUGAAGUAACAGGCAAUUGUGAACCUAUUAAAGAGUGAAGAUCAAUCAA